GAAAAGAAGAUAUGAAAAAAAAGAUGCAGAAGAAAAUCAAAAUGUAAUGGAAACGUUGAGAGGCAAAGUAAAAGAGAAGCUAAAAAAUGCUAAGAUUAAUCAAGGUGAAAAAUCCUCCCCUCAGCUACUCAUUGAUGAGAAGAUAUAUCAGUGGCCUAAGAUCGAAGUCUCCCUGGAUGAAGGUCUUUGGUUUUUCAUGCCAAGUGGUGAAGAAGGCUCAGCUGUGGGCUGGUGUUCAGAGCAGAGAUCGGUAAAUGAUAGUUACCCCAAACAUUUUUCACCUGGUGAUAAUUUACAAAAUUUUGCUGAAGGCCAAGAUGAAGAUUUUAUGGAGGAAAUCAUUUCCCCAGAUUUACUUGAAGUAAAAGCUGCUGAAUAUGAAGAUAAUCAAGAACAAAUAAAAAAACAACAGGCAAACAUUUUUGUGCCAAGUAAUUCUCCAGUGGUCAACCAGCGUAAACUGCCAAAAGAUAUGAUUCCACGCAUUUUAGAAGAUGAAGGAUUCUAUAUUCAGAGAAAGCCACAAAUACAUAAAAAGACCUGCAACAAAAUGGAAGAUCGCCUGCUUACCCUAGAAGAGGGAAAGUGUUGGUUUGAAGAAAGUGGAGAAAUUAUGUCAUUACCUUCACCCAUUAGACAGUCAUGGAAUUUCAGGCUAACCACAAGCAAGAGAUCUUUAAAUCCAGCGCUAAAGACCAUAUUCAGAAAGGCAGUGAAACCUGAUCUGGAAAACUCUAUUAGGAACAAAAUGGAAGGUCAAAGGGAAAUGUACCAAUUAGAUCUCAACAUUGUGGGUUUCCAAUUCAGCCAUCAUCCUCUCUUCAAUCAAGAACAAGUAUUAUGUGCUAGGCUGCUUCAACUUUGUGAGUGUUUCCAGGACAGGCAGCAACAGAAUUUACCUCAGCUGCUUUAUGAGAAGCUGAAAGCACUGACAGAUGCUACCAAAUUAGCAAACGAAAAUUUGGAAAUAAGCCAACUGACCAAAAAAUCUUUACAAGAUUAUUAUUGGCAGAUAAGUAAUACAAAACAGCGCUAUGAGUUAGAAAGGGGAAAAGACUCCUCUCUAUUACACAGUAUAUUACGGACUUGGAAACAAAUAAAAUCCCUUCGACAACGGCAGGGGUUUACAAGCACCCCAGUAAAGUUACAGUUUCAAAGGAUAAAAAUGAAUAAAUGUGAUGAACCAAACCAAGAAGAACUGUUAGAAAUGUCUGAAACUGAGAAGAAAACUGAAGGAAAAGCAUUGAAGAAUGGGGAAAAACAGGAGAGCUUCUCAUAUUCAGCUUCAGAACUUGAAGAAUCAGAUAUUAAAAGAAUAAGGCCAAUUACCUUGAUGCCACAACUCUCUUUCACUGCAGAAUUAACAAACUUAUCCAAGUGUUCACUGCACGAACAAAAGAGGAGAGCCAAAAUUCAGAAGCUUAAGUAUUUUAUUAAAAUAUUAUACAACAAUAAACAGGUUUCUUGCACUUCAGUAUCUCCUCUUCAGUUUGAUUUUAAAGUCAUGUUCCAGCAAAUUUUCAAUAUUCAGUUAAUAUACUGGCCUGAAACAAUUUGCUUGGAGAUUUAUGAGAUAAGUAAAAGGACAAGCUUAUUGGCAAAACUAUAUUUACCUUUACCUAACAACGCAGAGUUGAAAAGCAAAACUGUUUUGGAAUAUGUAGAGUUUAGCUCUGAUGAGCUCGUCAUACCUGCAUAUGGAGAAGUAGGAAGCAAUGUACCUUUUCUUCUUGAGGGAAAUGGAACUGAGGAACUUUGUCUUUUGACAUCAGGAAAACUGAGCUACUCUCUAUCGUGGGCUUUAGAUGAAAAUGGUAUUCCUCGCACACCCAUGUCACAGUCAUUAAGAUCUGCUUACUGCAGUGUGUUAAGGAAUGUAGAUGCAAGAGGGGUUCCUGGAAUUCCAUGGCUCAUUAAUGCACAGAAGCUUUUUGAGUGGGCAAAUGAAGUAAAAAUUGAUCCAAAUAAUCCAGAAUAUUCUGAUUUAAUGGAAUUUAUUAUGUACGUGACACAUAAAGGACAGGAUAUUCCAAAAUCUUUUCGUCUUGAACAGUUGCAGGAUGAAUUUAACUUUGUUUCUGAAGAAGACAUGAGAAAGAGUAAACGUUUCCAGCUAUUGCAACUUAGAAAUGCAGGUCAAUUAGACAUUUUCCUUCUGCAGCAAAUACCCCUUUAUGACAAAGAUAUUCCAGAUUUAGUCUUCCAGGAAUAUGAAAGUCAGAUAGAGAAGGAUAUCGCCAUUUCAGAUGUCAAUUCUAUUACUGCACAAAGGAUUAAUUCUGCCAAUUUUCUGAAAAAGAUAAGAAGGUUGAUAAUGAAAAGAAUUGUCAAAGUUAGCAAAUUUAACUUAUCAGAUGUUGUGGCUGAUUAUGAAGAAAUUGUAUCUGCAAGCCAGUUGACACAUGCAGUUUGUAAGCUUGUUGAACGACAAAGGAAGUUAAAGCCUCCGAGGAAAGAAAGGAAAAAGGUGGCAGCGCACACUGUCUGUGAUGGAGAUAUUAAGAUUCUUGUCAGAAUAUUGCGGGCUUAUAACAUUCCUACCAGGAACACAACAGGUAAUAGAGCCUUGGAUCUGCCUACCUAUUUGAAAUCAUCAAUAUCCCACCUCAGACAUAAAGAAACAAUCAAAUCAGUAGCUUCAGAAGAAAUCUUAAAUGAAGAUACUGUACAACCUUUUGUGGAAGUUUCUUUUCAACACACUGUAUACCAAACCAGUACAGCAAGUGGAUCUCAUCCAUGCUGGAAUGAAGAAAUUAAAGUAGAUUUUAUCUCACCAGGACAUGACUAUAGCUUCUCAAGCUUAUCUAAAAUAACAGAUAAUAUAUAUAUCAACAUUUUUGAUGAAAUGAUUAUUGAAAAACAUGAGGAUCCCUAUUUCAAGAGCUGCAGUAGUCAUUCACAUAUAAGAAAGAAUUGGCUCGGAUCCAUUGUCUUCCCUUUCUCUGCUCUUCUGCAACAAUCUGAGUGCAUAUUAAUGAGGGACCCAGAGUGUCAAGGGUGCCUGUGAAUAGAC